AUGUCUGCUGGGAAGGUCCAAGAGGGUUCGAGGGUUUUGGUUUCAACUGGGUCUGAGGACUUUGUGGAUUCCUUGGUGGGGUUGACUUCCUCUCUGUUUGUUGUCCAUGACUCGCUUCUCGUGUUGGCCUGUGUCAAAGAAAAAUAUGACAGGGUUAAGUGCUGGCAAGGGGAGAUUGUACAUGUUCCUGAAAAGUGGGCUCCUUUUGAUGCUGUGUUUCUUUAUUUUCUUCCUGCGUUACCCUUCAAACUUGACCAAGUUCUGGGGUCUCUGUCUGGAAAAUGUGCUCCAGGUGGAAGAGUGAUUAUCAGUCAUCCCAAAGGGAAAGCAGUAUUAGAACAGCAACGACAACAGUAUCCAGAUGUAGUGGUUUCUGACCUACCUGAUAAAACAUAUUUACAAAGUGUUGCAGCUGCUCAAUCUUUUGAUGUGGCUGAAUUUGUGGAUGAACCUGACCUAUAUUUAGCUGUUUUGAUCUGCUCAAGGACGUGA